AUGCUGGCCGCUCUUAACCGGUUCAUCUCAAAAUUUUCAGGUCGCUGCCGUCCAUUUUAUCAACUUUUGAAGAAGUGGAAGGGAUUUCAGUGGGAUGAUGAAUACGAAAAGGCUUUCCAAAACCUUAAGGAGUACUUAGUGCGAGCAUCGAUGUUGAGUGCACCAAAGCCCGGAGAGGAAUUGUUCAUGUACCUCUUGGUAUCCGAGCAUGCUAUAAGUGCUAUGCUUUUAAGGGACCGAGGAGUACAACAGCCCGUGUAUUAUAUUAGAAAGACUUUAGUCAACGCCGAGACCAGGUAUUUGCCCUUGGAGAAAUUGGUGCUGGCCUUAGUGCAUGCCAUCAGGAAAUUGCCUCAGUACUUUCAAGCUCAUACCGUAUAUGUGUUGACCAAACAUCCCCUACAGUCAUUGUUGAAGAGAUUUGAUCUCACGGGGCGAAUAGCUAAAUGGGGGACACAGCUUGGGGCAUUUGAUGUGAGGUAUAAGCCGAGAAGUGCAGUAAAGGGGCAAGUAUUAGCUGAUUUUGUAGCAGAAUUCUCUCCUAAAGGGGAGAUGGUCUGUCAGUUGGAACGCCGCCCGUGGAAGGUACAUGUGGAUGGGGCUUCCAGCGUCAAAGGGGUCGGAGCCAGGAUAGUCAUAAUUACCCCGGAGGGAAUUCUCUUGGAACAUUCGUUCAGGUUGGAAUUUAACACCUCCAACAAUGAGGCAGAGUAUGAAGCUUUGCUUGCCGGAUUGAGGGCAAUUUCAAGGUUAGAAGCCCGGGAUGUAGAAGUUUACUCGGAUGCAAGGCUCAUAGUCAACCAGGUGCAGGGGAGUUUUGAGACUCGAGAUCCUCGGAUGAAAGCAUACUUAGACUUGGUGAAGCAGGUCAUAGACAGCUUUUGUACGGUGAAGGUGAUUCAAGUGUCCCGGGCACAGAACAGACAUGCCGACUCUCUCACCACUCUAGCAUCGUCAAUUGCCAAUGAUAGUCCCCGACUUAUCAAAGUGGAACUCGUCCCCAAUCCCAGCAUCAAGGUGGCAGGAAAUGAGGGCACUGCGAGAGUCGAAGUCGCGGCAGUCACAACACUUAGGCCGAGCUGGAUGGAUCCCAUCAUAAAUUUCUUAGCCGAUGACCGAAUUCCGGACGAUGAGAAGGAGGCCAAUAAGGUCCGUAGGAUGGCUGCACGGUAUUGGUUGUCCGGAGACCGAAAAUUGUAUCGUAGGUAG